AUGACAGGACGACUCCAAGGGAAGACAGCAAUCGUGACUGGCGGUGCAUCAGGCUUUGGUAAAGGCAUCGCUACCAAGUUUAUCGCUGAAGGCGCCAACGUCGUCAUCACUGAUCUCAAUGAGCAACACGGCCAGGCUGUCGCUCAAGAACUCAACUGUGUUUUUUCACGUGCUGAUGCGACGAGUCCAGAUGAUUGGCGUCACGUUCUUGAAUUUACUCUGGAAAAGUUCAACCAGCUCGACAUUGUGGUCAACAAUGCCGGCGCUGCAUAUCCAAAGAAGCCCACUGAGCAGGUUACUGACAAAGACUUUGAUCUCGUCAUGAACGUCAACGUCAAGAGUGUUUAUCACUCAACCAAUGUCCUUCUCCCUUAUUUUCUUGGUGGUGGCCGACCUGGAUGUUUUAUCCAGGUUGCUUCGACGGCUGGUAUCAGACCGAGGCCAGAGUUGACAUGGUACAAUGCGUCCAAGGCGGCUGUCAUCAAUGCUACCAAGACGAUGGCUGUUGAGACACAUCUUUUUAUCGGAAAGCCAGAUACCGAAGAGAACAGGGCGGGUUUUGUUUCCACUAUUCCCAUCGGCAGACCAUCCACGCCAAGCGACGUCGCCAAUGCUUGCUGUUAUCUAGCUAGUGAUGAGGCUGCAUUUAUAACUGGUGUUGACUUGGAGGUUGAUGGAGGCCGAUGCGUGUAG